GCACACGAUUGCAGAUCGUGCGGUCCCGUGUUCGAACCACGAACUUAGCUGAGCUUGAAGACUUAACACGUCAUCCAAACCGGGACUGCCACAUCUUAACCAAAACCAUGGUAUGGCAAUUCUCUUGGCUGCUUCUUGCAGCAACUGUCCAAGCGGCCUCUUUGUCCCUUCAGUCUCCUCGUUUCACAAUUAGCACGCCAGAUGCGACCCAGCUGCGCUCGGACACCCUGUCCCUGACCAAAAAACCAGAGCCUUUGACUCUUGGCCCAACUGACACUCUUAAGCUUACGUUCCAGAUAACGGAAAGUGAUGAGGGCAAAGGAGUUCAACCGCACCAAACCUUCCUCCGAUUCUAUGACAAGGCGUCGGGCGAGGAGGGCAUCCAGCCUGUUCGUGUGACCCCAGGAGGAAAGGCUAAAUUUGAGCUGAACAUGGCGCGUCCACCUGCGUCCAUCCCGCCAACUACGCACAACCCCCUUGAGGUCUCGCUUAUUCUGGGCUCCUUCGUGCACGCACCUGCACAAUACGACCUUUUUGACCUCUACCUACCUGCCUCCCACACUCCUGCUGAACACCCGGAUGAAGCGUCGUUCCAUGUCCUCCCCGCCAUCAAGCAUACCUUCCGCCCUGAACAAAAGUCACCUCCUCAGUUUGUCUCUGCCAUAUUUGCAGCGACUGUACUGUCGCCUUGGCUCGUGUUGAUCGGACUGGUACGUUUUUUGCAUCAAAUCGAUCCUCAGCUGACGGACUUUGUUAUCAAAGUGGAGUAAAAUUGGCGUCAAGGUCCCAAACCUCUUUUCGCUUAGUAUCAUACCCUUUACUGCCCUCCUCGGCGCCUUUGAAGUGCUACUUGUCUGGUAUUGGGUAGAUCUUAAGCUUGGUCAGGUGCUUCUGUACGGAGGUAUCCUUGCCAUUCCAACCGUGUUCGCUGGUAAGCAAGCUCUGUAUGCGACUGGAGAGUGGAGAGCCGGUCGGAAGUAAACGUUGCAUACUUGUGACUUUGUACCGUGUUAAUCACAGCGUCCCUGAUACCUA